ACACAAUGGAGGAGUGUCGGGCAUGCGCGCACAAUGACAUAGAAGCGGACAUGCGUGCCAAGCUGCUUCUGCAUGAGCUCAAGCUUACCGUGUCAACAGAGGCCGAGGACCGCAAGUCUAUCAACUUCAAAGCAAUGGCUAGAUCGUUAGUGGCGGUCGUUCGCACCCAGCAUCAUGUCGACACAACCGCCCCGUCGGAUGUUCCAUUCGGACUAACAUCAGAGACCGUUCGUGAUACGUGGGGCUUGAACGACACGGAACAGAUGAGCAUGAUGAAAGAAGCCAUGCGGGUCUUGCUACCACCCGAGGUCGAGGCUGGACUUCGAGCCAAAUGCGAGCUUCUCUGCGAUACAUUUUACCCGUUGAACAGUCACACGCCGUUGCCAGCAUCCCAACUGCAUCGCCUUCCGCAGGAGCUGGCUGCGUUUCAAGCGGACGUGACUGCGAUGGAAGCAAAGCGCGACGUGCUCGAAGCGGCGGUCGAAGGCGGACUCGAAGAGCAUAUUCGAUUACUCACCGACAUGACCAAGCAUAUUGUUUCCAUGAUCAAGUACUACAGGCUGGACGACGUGACCAUCUACUCGCGGUUGAAAAUGGAGUUUGUCCAGGUACGUUCGUUGCUUUGUUGCUUUCGAACGAGGUCCCGACUUUAUUCGUGUGGUCGUAGUCGUGCGUAGCAGCCAUGCAAAAACAGAUCGAACUCUUGACCACGCAAUUGCUCUUGCAAACGUACCCGCCGCAUAAACUCCGCUCGUUGGCGCAGUUGAGGUCGUCGCCUUCUCCAGCCAUCCACAUCAUAGACGACUGAUAAUUGUAGACUGCAUUUGGACCAACGCUAUCGCAUGGCCUCACAGCGUAAUUGGGAGGUUAGGCGACAGAAUCCCAUCAAAAGCUGACCACACUAUAUUCGACUUACUCGUAGAUGCGGAAGGAACUCGACAAGUAUCGUACAUCCACAAGCAAGGACUUGAGAUUGCUUCACGAACGUAUCGCGACUGCUCAGGCCAAAUUGAACCUCGGCGCCCGUCACAACAUACCACUCCACCCAAGCCAACAUGAAGUUGAUAACUAGUUUUGUGCACGAAGCGUCGCCCGUCAUGUGCUUUGGAAGGACAGCGUACAUACUAGCAUUCGAGGAAUUGUCGUUUUACCCAAAAUCUGGCCUUUUGUGCCGAUUUGCCAAAUCCAUCG